AUGGGGUUGCGGAGCGCCGCAUUGGCCUGCUGCGCAUCAACUCAACCUCUGGCCCCGUGUCUCCUUGCCGGAGACCUCGCCCACGCUGCUGUGGACGGGGAAGGUUGGCGAUGCGUCGCGUUUCCGGGUCUGGGGUCUCGAGCUUUUGUCCGCGAUACGUCUGCGAACAAGCUCUCCUCUCGUGCUGUUCCCUGCGUCUUCCUCGGCUUUGUCCCGAACGCGUCUGGUUGGCAGUUUUACCACGCCACCUCGCGCCGAGUCUUGCCCUCCCAGGACGUCACUUUUGACAAGUCCGUCCCCUACUACCGCCUCUUCCCCUACCGCACUGCCCCGCUCCCUCCCCCGCCUCUCUUCCUUGCGCCAGGUGCUGCUGUUGCAGACUCCCUCCCCCCUCAGGGUGCCGCUCCCUCAGGUGUGUCUCAGGUAGACCCGGUUGAGCCUGUUGAGGUAGCUGUCGACUCUCGUCCUGCUGGGGGUGCUGAGCCUGGGGGUGUGGAGCCUGGGGGUGUGGAGCCUGUGGGUGUGGAGCUUGUGGGUGUGGAGCCUGGGGGUGUGGAGCCUGGGGGUGUGGAGCCUGGGGGUGUGGAGCCUGGGGGUGCUGAGCUUGGGGGUGUGGAGCCUCGUGGUGCUGAGCCGCAGAGUCCGGAGUCUGGGCGUUCUGGGUCUGGAGGUACUGGGCCUGGGAGUCCUACACCUGGAGGAGCCCUCUCCUCGGAGCAGCUGCGUACGUGGUACUUAGAGUACUGCAGCCUCCAGAGAGGUUCCACUCGUGCCGGACGUACUGCUGGGACUGGUGCUAGUGCUUCUUCUCCCGUUAGGGAGCUCCCCUCCCGCGAGCGGAUCCGUGAGUGGUACGAGCGGCGCUGCACUCUUCGGAGUGGCGUGCCUCGUGUUGCGGACCCCGCUACCGUUGGAGCAACUGCUGGUGCUGAGGACCCGGGCGUUGGAGCUGCCGCUGGUGCUGCGGACCCGGGCGUUGGAGCUGCUGCUGGUGCUGAGGACCCGGGCGUUGGAGCUGCCGCUGGUGCUGCGGACCCGGGCGUUGGAGCUGCUGGUGGUGCUGAGGACCCGGGCGUUGGAGCUGCCGCUGGUGCUGAGGACCCGGGCACAUCCCGACCCCACGCUCUUACGUAG